GCCCGUGAAAGGGCUCGCCGUCGAUGCGCCGAUCCAGCCAUUAGAGCCAUUUCGCGUGCGCUGCCACCGGGUUCGAUCGUUCCGUUUAGUUAAUCCACAGCAAAUGGAUGGGACGGCCACGUGUUGUACGUUCCCCUGAGGAACAGGCAGCCUUCGACGAGCGGCGGCGAGAACUCGCCCGUGAAAGGGCUCGCUGUCUGCGCGCCGAUCCAGCCGUUAGAGCCGCCCAAGCCCAGGCAAUCUGACAGCAAUGAAAAGAAGAUCCCUAGCUGAGGGAGCGGGAAGCCAAAGCAAUCUGGCGCCGUUUCCUGUGGGUUGCUUAACCGCGUCGAAGUUCAGAUGCACGCCGGUCAAGCUUUGCUUACCCCCAUUUUCCGGCGUGCAGGUCACGGACAAGUCCUCUCUCACUUUCUUCUGGCACUGGUUCCUCCCGAUCUUCCUAUUAUUCUUUGUACCGCACGUUAUCGUGUGCACCAUCUCUUUCGUGGUCACCUAUGGGUCAUCCACGGGAGACGCAUUUGAGCGGGGAUUGCUACCCUUCUGGUACGACGCCUGGACACUGCAUGGUGUCGGGGCACCACAGACUUGGGUCUUCCUCGCCUUGUUCGCAGCUUACAGCGGUCUCUCCCUUCUGGUUCUUCCCGGAAAAAUAUACUACGGGCCACCAACGUUAACGGGCCAUCGACCUGUCUACCGCAACUCUGGCUUCACGUACUACGUGAUAAGCAUGGCCUUGGCCGCAUUCAUUCUUCUCGUUCAAGAUGCGCGCGCCUGGUCCAUUUACAGGAACCUGCCUGGAGUGGCUGUUGCCCUCACAAUAAUUGGCUACGUCGUUACGUUGCUCAUAUACAUCAAAGGCAAACUGUGGCCGUCUCCGGGAGAGUACGGUUCGACUGGGAGUGUGGUGUUUGACAUCUACUGGGGCCUGGAGCUCUACCCGCGCAUAGGAGACCGCUUCGACGUCAAGCAGUGGACCAACUGUCGCUUUGGCAUGAUGAUGUGGCAGCUUCUGGUGCUGGUCAGCUGGAAGGCUCAAGUGGAGACGACGGGCUGGAAUUGGUCGAUGGCAACCACAGCUUUGUUGCAGACGAUCUACAUCGCCAAGUUCUACUGGUGGGAAGACGGAUACAUGCAGACCAUCGACAUCAUCGUAGACAGAGCAGGUUACUACAUCUGCUGGGGCUGCAUCUGCUUUCUGAGCCUGAUGUACCCUCUAACGAGUCUGUACAUGGUCGAGAACAGCCCCGAGUCCGGCCCUGUCGGGGCAACGCUCACAUUCCUGAUGGGCGUCGCCAUGAUAGGCCUCAACUACUGGACAGACUAUCAGAGGCAGGUGGUGAGGGCGACGCAGGGAAAGUGCGCCAUCUGGGGAUCUUCGCCGAAACUGAUCAAGGCGUCUUACCGAGACGCGACGGGAAAACAGAGGACCAACCUGCUUCUGGCUUCGGGAUUCUGGUCGCUGAGCCGCCACAUGAACUACGUGUUCGAGAUUCUCGCCGCUCUCUGCUGGUCCCUGCCGUCCGGAGCGUCAAGCAUCGUGCCCUAUGUGUACGUGCUCUAUCUCUGCGGUUUGCUCCUGCACCGAAGCUAUAGGGACGAGGAAAAGUGCUCCAAGAAGUACGGAGAGUACUGGAAGCAGUACUGCAGUUUAGUCAAGUGCCAAUUGAUACCGUAUUUAUUUUAAACGCGCAUUAGGAUGACGAGCACCAAGGACAAGUUUCUAUGGUAGUGUGCGAAUAAAGUGUGACAUUUUAUA